AUGCGGCGGAAAUGGGGAGAUGGUGGUCAAAGGAUUUAUUGCCUUACCUGUAUAUGCCAGGAUGACAAGCUUGGGUUACUUGCUGUCUUACACUUUUGUUUUGAGGUGGAUGGACUCAGCGCUACAAAAGGAGAAGGCCAACUCAGUGCCAGGUGUCAGUGUGAUGAUCCUGAGGGAGGACUAAGAAGAAUUCCUACCACAGAAGAGACUGGUCCCCACGUCCAUCCUACCCCAGCUGUUAGCCUUGAAAGACCUUCGGCCCUGGGAAAACGCCAGGCAGGAUACUCCGACAAGUUAUAUCCUGACUUCCACCUCAGGAAUCCGAGGGAAGCGAGAUCUUCCCUGAGGGAGCUGGACUUGGGUCAGCAGAGAGAGGAGUCUCAGGCCCUGCCCAGCUUCAAGGCCAAUUGGCACCCAUCACCCACCUUCUGCCCACACUCCUGCCUGCUGCCCCCAAGACAAGUCAUCAUACCUCACGGUCAGAAGAAUCAGUGCUGCAAGCUUGAACUAGACCUUCAGGCCCAAAGAGAGGUUCAGGGCCUGAUGGGUGCAGAGGUUCCUGUAGCUGAGGGGAAGGAGGUCGCCUCCUCCUCUGUCUCUCCUUUGAUCCAGGGCACCCCAGAGGUGGUGCCUGCUGCUGGAACAACAAGUCUUCCCCAGAGUUCUCAGAAAACCUGCUCCUCCCCCACUGCCAUCAAAGCCACUCCAUUGAGCAAAUCAAAUGAGGGCUCCAGCAGCCGAGAAGAGGGUCCGAGCACUUCUCAGUCUCCAACAGAUCCUAAGUACUUGCUCAGUGAUGAGCUAAACAAGAAGGUGGCUGAAGCGGUGCAGUUCCUGAGUGUUAAGUAUAUAACAAAGGAGCCUGUCACAAAGGCAGAGAUGCUGAAGAGUAUCAUCAGAGAGCACCAGGGCCACUUCCCUGCAAUCUUCAGGAAAGUCUGUGAGUGCAUGGAGGUUGUCUUUGGCAUUGAAGUGAAGGAAGUGGAUCCUACCAGCCACUCCUAUGUGCUCAUCAAAACACUAGACCUCACCUAUGAUGGGGUGCUGACUGAUGACCAGGGCAUGCCCAAGACAGGCCUCCUGAUACUUAUCCUGGGUGUGAUCUUCAUCGAAGGCAACCGUGGCCCUGAGAAGAGGAUCUGGGAGGUGCUGAAUAUGAUUGAGGUGUAUGCUGGGAGGAAGGAUUUCAUCUAUGGGGAGCCCAGGAAGCUCAUCACCAAAGAUUUAGUGCAGGAAAAGUACCUGGAGUACUGGCAGAUGCCCAACAGCGAUACUCCAUGCUACGAAUUCCUGUGGGGUCCAAGGGCCCAUGCUGAAACCAGCAAGAGGAAAGUCCUGGAGUUUUUCGCCAAGGUCAGUGGGGCUGACCCCACUUCCUUCCCAUCCUGGUAUGAGGAAGCUUUGAGAGAUGAGAAAGAGAGAGCCCAGACCAAAGUUGCCACCACCGAUGGUACUACUGCUAUAGCCAGUGAAAGUUCCAGUGUCACAUCUAGCGGCUUCUCCUGCCUUGAGUGAAUUCUGAGGGAGAUUCUCCACUCUGUGUUUGAAGAGGUCAAUUAAGGUUCUAAGCAGUGGAGGGUUGAGUUGAAGAUUUUAUCUUUUUUUGCUUUUUGGUAUUUUUCAAAUGUUCUUCCUUGUAAAAGGAUUAUUAGUUUCAGAGUCUAG